AUGGGCAAACACCCCGAGCCAGCCUCUCCCUCCGGCGCCCACUCCGCGCCCGCACACAGGCAGCAGUCCAUGCUGCUCGUGCCCAUGAGUGCUCCUGGGGUGACGGUGGUGCGGCCGCUGCUGGUGUUUGGAUAUGAUGAUGCCCCGCACGGGCACUCCGAGGUGCUCUUUGAGGGGGUUAAGGUGCCCAAGGCUAACGUGCUGCUGGGUGAAGGGCGAGGCUUCGAGAUUGCCCAGGUGCUCUUUGAGGGGGUUAAGGUGCCCAAGACGGAUGUGUUGCUGGGUGAAGGGCGAGGCUUUGAGAUCGCCCAGGGUCGGUUGGGUCCGGGUCGGCUGCACCACUGCAUGAGGCUCAUAGGAGCCACAGAGCGAGCCAUGGACUGCAUGCUCCAACGCCCGGGUCGAUUGCACCACUGCAUGCGGCUGAUAGGAGCCACAGAGCGAGCCAUGGACUGCAUGCUCCAACGCGCUCUCUCUCGGGUGGCGUUUGGGCGGCCGCUGGGCGGCAACGAGUCUGUGGUGCGGGAUACUGCCGAAUGCCGCAUCACCCUUGAGGCCACACGGCUGCUGGUACUGCAGGCGGCUUCUGAGUUGGACGCCAAGGGCAACAAGGAGGCACGGAUCGCUAUUGCCAUGGCUAAGGCGGCUGCUGUGUUGGAUGCACACGGGAACAAGGAAGCACGGAUUGCCAUUACCAUGGCUAAGGUGGCUGCCCCCCGGGCAGCUCAAAAAGUUUUGGACAGGGCGAUCCAGGUGCACGGGGGCGGAGGAGUGAGCUCGGACUUCCCUCUUGCCCGCCUGUGGACGGCAGCCCGCACUCUGCGCAUCGCUGACGGUCCAGAUGAGGUGCACCUGGCUUCCAUUGGGAAGAAGGAGCUGCGAGAUUGGCAAAAGAAGAUGAUGGGGGGUGGGAGCAGUGGCAGCUCGGGUAAAAGUGGAGCGUCAGCCCGCUUGUAG